UUAUUCUCUGUCUCUAAUGAUCUCUAUUUGAUCUCAACAGCCAAAUCGGCCUAUUCUAUUUGGAUGUUGAAUCUUGGACAGUGCCAUAUCUACCGCGCGGCUUUUCAUAAGUUAUCUGAAACGACAAAGCCGCUUAGAAUAAAGAAAAGGAUGUGAAAAGAUGAUUAAUGCAGAAAUGAAAAUUCCAAGAAUUGGGUGAUGGAAGCAUGCAGCUGGGGAAUGAUCCUACAGUGCAGUUACAUACUUUGUUAUCCCUUUCGAUCAACCAGAACGACAAGCCGGCCUGUGAACAUGAAACCACCUCGUCCGGCCUUCUUAACGAUAGCAAACUUAUGUUCUUCCAUCGCUUCAUGUUGUUAAUUCAGCAAUAUAUAUAUAUAUAUAUAUAUAUAUAUAUAUAUGUAUGUAUGUUUGUAUGUAUAUAAGCACUAAGAAUUGUUUCCUUCUAUCUUCUAUGAGUUUUCCCUUUUUGGCUCUUUGAAAUACAAUUCACCCGCGAGAAAACUGAACCCAGAUCCGUUGAAAUUUGAAUGGAAGCCAAGCUGAAAGCAGAGGAAACAAAGUCCGGGGGCUGGUUUUGGUGGUUAAUGGUGUUGGUGAUUGGAGCUCUUGUAGUCGCAGCGGCUACACUGACUAUUGUAAGAGAUUUCCGUCGCUCAGGGCCAGCUUCAAGAAUCCCCGGCCACCCCGGCGCUAUUGUUGAAUCAUACGCCUUUGCUCUCGAAACAGCUCUGCAAUUCUUCGACGUUCAAAAGUCAGGUAGGCUGGAGAACAAUAGGAUUGCGUGGAGAGGGGACUCGGGGUUAAGAGAUGGGAGUGAAGAGAACUUGGAUUUGUCGAAAGGAAUGUACGAUGCAGGUGAUCUGAUCAAGUUUGGAUUCCCCAUGGCUUUUACGGCAACAAUGUUAUCGUGGGCGAUUCUUGAAUACGGGGAUCACAUGAGUGCAGUGAAGCAACUGGGACAUGCUCAGGACUCACUCAAGUGGAUCACUGAUUACCUUGUCAAUGCUCAUCCUUCUGCAAAUGUGCUUUAUGUUCAGGUGGGUGAUCCUGAACUAGACCACAACUGUUGGCAAAGACCUGAAGCCAUGACUGAGAGAAGACCUCUGGUGGAGGUUAACAUGUCAUUCCCUGGAACAGAAGUUGCAGCAGAAACUGCAGCAGCUAUGGCAUCAGCAUCUCUGGUUUUCAAGAAAAUCAAUUCUACUUACUCUAGAAUGCUCCUUAUGCAUGCACAACAGCUAUUUGCUUUCGCUGAUACUUAUAGAGGUUCAUACAGUGUCAGCAUCCCCCAAUUGCAGAAAUACUACAACUCCACAGGAUAUGGAGAUGAACUCUUAUGGGCAGCUACUUGGCUCUAUCAUGCUACUGGAGAACGAUCAUACCUCAGAUAUGUAACUGAAAAAAACGGCAAGGGAUUUGCUAACUGGGGUAGUCCAACUUGGUUUAGUUGGGAUGACAAGCAUGCUGGAACUCAUAUUCUCCUGUCUAGGAUAAAUUUCUUCAAUGCAGAAGAUGUGUCAAUGGCUGAGAAUCUUGAUCUCCAGCUGUACAGGAUAUCUGCUGAGACCAUCAUGUGUGCACUUCUACCAGAUUCACCAAUGGCCACUUCUGACAGAACAGAUGGUGGUCUGAUAUGGGUAAUAGAGUGGAACUCUCUACAGCAUCCUGUGGCAUCUGCCUUCCUGGCUGUUCUUUAUAGUGAUUACAUGCUCACAUCCCAGACUGAAACUCUAUAUUGCAGUGGUAGAUCAUACAAGCCAGAAGAUCUUCGUAAAUUUGCCAUUUCUCAGGCAGAUUAUGUCUUGGGAAAAAAUCCAAUGAAGAUGAGCUAUCUUGUUGGAUAUGGGAGUGAUUACCCUCAAUAUGUACACCACAGAGGAUCUUCAAUUCCUGUUGAUGCUGACACUGGCUGCAGGGUGGGGUUUAAGUGGCUUAAUUCUUCCGAUCCCAAUUGCAAUGUGGCUAUUGGAGCACUUGUGGGUGGACCCUUCCUAAAUGAGACCUAUAUCGAUUCCCGAAACAACUCAAUGCAGGGUGAACCAACCACUUACAACAGUGCUCUCAUCGUUGGCCUUCUCUCUGGCUUGAUAUCCAGUUCUUCAGUGGUUAGGAAUUUUGCUUAGAUGGUAAUUUAAGUAUCUCAAAUAGGAGAGAGGUAGAUAGAUUAAAGUGAACCCUAAAGAGCCCACUUCAUGCAUAUGUUUCUGUCUCUCUCCCACUCGAAAACCGUUUUGAAUUAGCCAACAAUGUAUAGGACCCUCCAUGAAGUUUUGUUUCGUAGUGUAUAUAUAUAAUGAAAGACUCGCGCAGUAAUGAAAUGAAAUAGAAGAAAAACUUGU